UCUUCUACGCAAUUGUUUCGGAAGGUGCGUGUGGUCCAGUCUUUGAGCCACUGUGACUCGUGGUCGACGCUUUGACCUUUGAUGGGCCACUCGCAUGCGAAGAAAGGCCAAUAAUGCCUUGAGUUGUGCCCAAAGAAAGACGACAAUGACGCUAGCGUGGCCAACAUGUGUAUCCAUGGUUAUAAGGGCUCCGUAUCCACCGCUGUUCGUCAUUGACAUCCGUGCUUUGCUCUUGCAUCCCUUUCAUCCUUUCCACUUUCACCCCUUCCACUCCCCCCUCCCGGACGAUCGCCAUGACUGCCGGAUCGACCCUUGACAUUAUCUUCGAUGAGUCUACUGCAGUCCGGCUCCACUCGCCGUCCAAGAAGUCUCCGGACGCCUACGUGAAGCUAGCCUCCAAGUGGAAAUUCUGCGCAGACGCUACGCCCGUCGGACCCACUCAAGGGGCGUUGAACGUCAGCCAGGUCUACCACGCCACACUCGAAACGUACCAGUCGCCCGUCGCCCGCAGUCGGGCGGACCCUAUCGAGGUCGCCGUGAAGUGGGUUCGCGGAUCGCUGGGGGUGGAGAAGAUGCGCUACGAAGCUGCCCUGUACAAAGGCAAGCUCAAGCACUUACAGGGCGAUGUCGUCCCCCGCUGCUACGGAUUCUUCACCGGAGAGGUUGACGGCGAAGUGUCAGGCUGUCUCGUUCUUGAGCGGUGCAACAACUCAUACUCUCUCAAGCGAGAAGAGCUCAAUCGCCGACGCAUGUCAGCGAUUUACCGCUUGCACGCCGAGGGCAUUGUGCACGGCCAGUUGCGAGACGCGGGCCACUUCCUGUACUCUCAAGACGGCCGAGUGCGCAUCGUGGAUUUCUCGACGGCGCAACUGCACCAUUGUCCGAACCACUGGGAUGGGUCCGCUUUCGAGCGAGGCCCCUCGCCCGAACCUUGUGAAGAGGUGAGCACAAUGGAGGUGUGCCUAGGGAUCUGCUCGGCUGGCGGCUGGGCGAUUCAAGGCUAUUGAAGGCUAUUGACUGCGGUGACGGUCUAUUCGUGAUUGGUCUGCUGGUCGGACGGAACAGGCAUUAAGUAUGCACGCAUUGCGCUACGUUCGUUCCAUUCUCAUAUGUAAUAUUUUUUUCCAUUGCUACUGCAUGCGAUAUGUAGAAGUAUCUAGAGUCGACCGUAU